AUGGAAUUGUCAGUGUCUCCUGAUGUACAACGUUCAAAAGGGUAUGUGUCUCACUCAUUCCACAAUCUAAAGGUGCCUUUUACAGCUACUCUGGCUGACGAAAACGCAUGGCCAGAGGCGGUGUUUGCAGGUGGCAUUUCGCAUGAUUGGACGUCCUCGACUGGGAAUUUACCCAGUGGUCAGCCGGUGGAGUCGUUGGCGGCGUGUGGCGGUGGCAAACCAUCGAAUAGCAUGAAAUGCACACUCUCUGGCAGCACGUUGACUAAGUGGAAGAGCGAUAGCAACGUGGCGGCGAAGCUAUUGGGGAACGCUGAUAUCAUGCGGGCGGGCGUCGCCAAAACAACUCCCGUAAUGCCCAUCGAAGACGUUCGUCGCAUGAAUUGCUGUGGGGGUUGUCAGGUUCAUUUGGGGCGCAGCGAGUGUCAUUGUCAUCACCAAGACCAACACCACCACCACCAGCAGCAGCAGCAGCAAAAGCCGUCCGUCAUGAGUGCGGGUAACCCCAGCAAUAACGAGAUCCUUAAUGGCCAUUUUCAAUCUGCUCGUCUUUCAUUUUUUAAGAAGGCGUUUAGCGGCAACCGACCUCAGCAUCAUGGGGGAAAUCCCCGGCAUCACCAGGCCCACCAUUAUCAGCAACACCACGGCAGUCAUCACAAUCCUAUCCAUGUUGCUGGACCUGCUCGUCGGUCUCACCGGCAUCGCGGAUUUGGUGCCGCUGCAGUGGAGGUUAUUCGCAACCGGACAUUGGCUGGAAACAGCUCGCCGCACCACAAAACACGCUCUCCGGCGAAUAGGGGACGCAAGCGGCAUUGGAAACCCUGUCACGUCAACGAACAGGAGGGUCAUACGGAGUUUCUUGUUCCAUUGCCCCGCUCGAGGUUAUCACUGGAUGGCAGACAGGAGUCCUCGACGCCAGUGGAUGAAGAAGUUAAAACGAAAUUCACUGCGUCAGGGUCCGAAUUAGGUAGCGGGGUCGUGGGGGAUAAUACUCCUUCGGCUUUCCGUUUGUCGAACAUUGCGCCCUUUUAUGAAUGUGCAAUUCAACAACUUAUUACGAUUUGCGGACGGCGAACAUCCAACGCGCCCGAAGCUGCGCAUGGGACAUCAUGCAAUGAGAAUCCAGAAAAUUUACAGAAACCGAUACUGUCGUCUUGUCUCGCGAGCAUCCGCUCAUUUGACAUGGCAUCUUCAGUGAAUUUGAAGUCUUUUUCAGCACCCCCAUCAAAGUUUUCAUUAUCGCAGCAUGCCCUUUUCACAAGAACCCUCUGUUCCAGUGUUGGGGGAUCAAUGCAGCAUGGGAGUGGGAUGGAAGAGACUUUUUGUUCAUUAAACGAUAUGGAUCCUACACAGAAUGAAGGACAGCAGAAUGAAGAGAAAGAAAUACAAUCUGUAGCUAUGGCGAGUGGAGACGCCCCGAAACUUGUAUCGGAAGAAGUAAAAGAACAAGAAGCAUCUCCUACAAUGGUGCAGCAGUUAAUUGAAUCUAUUGGAGUUCACGUGGCGUAUGGUGAUGCUGCUCCUAUGGUGUUAAUAGGGGCUUUGGUGUACAUAUCACGUAUUACGCUACAGUCUCCUUCUGAAGACGUUGGUGUAACAAAUGCGAACUGGUACCGUCUUGUUGCCAUUGCCAUUUUAAUCGCGACGAAGAUGUACGUGGAUGGUUCGCGGAAGUGGAAUGAGCGCAUUUCCAAAGCCACUGGUAUCUCAUUAAAAGAAGUUCAAAAACUUGAGCUGGAUUUUUUGUUUCUUAUUGACUUUGCGUUGCUGAUAAAGGAGGAGGAGGUGGAGACAUGGGCGGAGUGGAUGGAGUCGGUGGCAAGAAAACGCGGAAUGUCCACGCAACUGCGUGCGUUUAUUUUUGGCAGAAACAGUUGUCCUCCAUCUACCGCCACAACACCGUUGUCUUCAUUUGCAGGAGAGGAUGCUUUUUCACGAUCUUUUUCGCAUAUUCCGUCGGGAAAUUUGCCAUCGACGCCCGUCUCGCUCACUCCGGCAAACAUGACACCUCAGAUCAAUGCCCAUGUCUCCCCUGGAACAAUGAAGUCGGCUUGCCUUUCCCAGCGACUUUCCAUGUCUUUUGUACUGGAUUUGGCUGAGAAGCAUCCUAGACCAACCUCGCAUUUGCAUCCCUCACCGUCUUCGUUUCACGCUUGCGAGACCCCAAACCAGUUUUUUCCCUCACCCAUGUACGCUUCACUGGAUUUCCACAGAACGGAGCGUCUGUUUUCCAUCGUGCAUGCGCCCGAAGAGCCCUCGACACCGGUAAAACUACUGGAGGUGUCACAGUUAUUCAAUGAUGCUCCAAACUCCAUACCGUUUACGCCGCCCGAGCAGGAGACCCGGUCACCCAUUGAAUUUUUUAAGAGGUCUUUUCUUGCGGAGGGGGCGUGUAACAGUGACACAUCUUCAGGGAAGGCGAGAUGUGGCAUGGAUGUAUUUCAAAAAAGUACGGGCAAGAACGACGCUCGACGCUUGGACUUUGAUACUUUUGACGCGUUUGAUGAGGAACAAACGCCUCCACAUCGUCCACUGAACGUAUUGUCUCCGCCCGAUCAACUGAAUAUAGCAUUACCUCCUCGUGCGGAGUACAAUUGUUUUGCAAACUUCAAAAAGAACAAUAGUAAUAGGGAUAUUCCAUUCAAUAACGGGAAAACUUUCACUGUAACAGCGCCACAGUUAUUGUGCUCUUUUCCUCAAAAAAGAGAAGAUAAAAAUGUGCGAGAACAUGCAACAAGAAGUUCAGCAUCUGGUUCCGCAGAGAAAAGAACCUCGCGGACCAAGGCGGACACGAAUGAAGUGACACCGCAUGUUAAAAUCAAAUCUAAGUACGAUAAAUUGGUGCAUGCUAUAUCGAACGUCCGUGAGUUAUUUUCUGCGAAGCCGUUGUGUGUGCGCGACACCCCCUUCAAUGUACUGAGCGUGGCUACGGAUGGUAGCGGAACCGCAAAUAUUGGCGAACGGGACAUGUAUAACAACAACAACAACAGCAAAGAUGUUGAUGACCGUUAUGUUGCUGAAUGUGAUGAAGAUGAGGAUCACGAUGAAUUUUUGGACGAAUUUGAAGACGACAGGGAUAAUUUUUUUCUUCGGUGCCGCCCGGUGCUGACGCACUCUCCACCGGCAUAA